AUGAAUGUUCGUAAGCGCAACGCUAGGGUGGCUUUAAAUAAGCCAAACAAUUCAUACCUUUCCUCCUUAACUGCACGCGAAUAUGACCGUAAGCGAAGACGUGUCGAUUUCGAUGUUUCUACGCAUUCUCAUCGCUUCCCUUUCAUCUGGGAUGGCGAAUUAGUACCAAUAAAAUAUGCUGAUAAAAUUUUCGCUAGUCAAUGGUUAUCAAAUGAAGAAAUCUUGAUUGGCACGAAAUGUAAUCAUUUAGGCGUCGUCAAUCUGAAAACACAUAAAAUCUACGAUAUUCCGCUCCUUGAAGGGUCAACAAGAACCACGUUUUUUGAGGAACCUUGUGGUUGUGGUAUUCAUGCUAUCCAAAAGAAUACAACGGGUACGCUCAUAGCUACUGGUGGUGAGAACGUGAAUGAUGUUGGCGUUUACAAGCUUCCCGAUUUGUCACCUCUUUGUGUAUUUGAGAAGCGACACAAAAACUGUAUAUUUGAUUUGCGAUGGGUUCAAGAGGAAACUCUGGCUUCUUGUUCGCGCGAUUCCUGUUUGGCCUUGUGGCGGUUACCACAGCACGAUAUGCAUUCAUCUCCAAUGAUCUCAUACGACCCCGGCUCCUCCAUAAAUCGCCCUCGACCUAUAUCCCGUCACCCCUUAAUAAGUACACCUGUUGCUUUCACCCUCUCCCGAACUCCAGACGAUCGAUUUAGAGCACUUGAAUACCUUCCCACCCGCAAUAUGCUAACUGUUGUCUCCAUGUCGCACUACUUUUACCUCUAUGACCUAGAUUCUCUGUUCACAUCCACUUCGGGCAACCAACAACCCUUUUUUAAAAUGCCUCUUCUUUCCUCCGAUAAGGAAGCUGUAGCUUUGCGACGAUGGCCAAAUAAUCCCCAUGUUGUGUCACUGGCGACUCAUCGCUCAGUGCUUUUAUUCGACAUCCGUUGCCGAUCACAGAUCCGACGGACAAUUCCUCGCAUAGUAGAACCGCCCGCUUCCUGUCGCUCCUGUGUUCGGUCGCUCAAUUUUUCCGGCAAUAUCCUUUCUUACGGCACUUCUUUGGGCAAAGUGCAUUUCUACGAUUUGGUGGCUGACAAGCAUUUGAAGAAUCAUCUUGACACUGAAACUGUAUCCAAGAAAGCUACAUCUCCUCCGUGUACGUAUGGGAGUUAUUCCGAUUCCUUGGACGACAGUCUCCCAGACUUGGCUGCAAGUGUUUAUCCAAACGGCUUAGACAGCACCUUGGAACAUCAGGAGGAAGAGCCAGGUGAAACGGAACUCUCCUUUGAGUUUUCGACUGACAUUCCCUCUUCUGCGCCCAGUGAUCUGCCAGUUUCUUCGGACUCUGAGAGGCUUACUGACAUCGAUGUGCAUCUGAUCAAUUUUAUCAGUUCUCUUGCUGUUCGUCCACAGGUUCGGGAACGAGCUCUGCAACAGUUUCGGCUCGUCACAGCCGAUCUUCGACGCAGAAUUUCCAGACACAGUCUUCGUGUCACGUUGGAAGCUACAGAUAUGGAAAAUCCAAUCGUACAGGUUUCCAGUGAUGAGGAAAUGGUGGGAGAUAGAGAGGAAGAAGAUGGAAAUAGAGGGAUGCAGGUUAACGAGGUCGUGGAUCAAGCACAUCCACCACAGCCACCUGGGGACUCGGUGCUUUUGGAAAACUUGACUCUUGAUAAUUUGAACUGGAUAGAGAGCAAUUGGCAUUCUGUUGGAACUAACAAAGCUGUCUACACUCAUGAGUACGAUCCCAGUGGUUUGCGCUUGUUUACUGCGGGUGGUCCCAUUGGGUCCGCUUUCUCAGGCAACUUCGCGGUACUCUGGGAUUAA